GUGCAAAGUGGAGUGUAUUGCAAGUUCGCUCUGUAAUAGUUACCAUAAAAGUAUGGAAAAUUCAUAUUCUCGCGAGUAAAAAUAUCACAAAAUGGCUACUCAAAAGCCCGGUGAAUGGGCCAACUCAUUGUUGGCCCGUUUUGAAGAGCAGCUGCCAAAUAAAAUCGGACCACAUGGCACCCAGGCUCGUCUCAAUCAGGAUCAACUGAUCAAUUGUUUGAUUCAUAUAUCACGUUAUCGAUUCUCCCUGGUCAUUGCUGGUUUAACGAAAAUGCUGCAAAGAGUCAAUGAGACGACACUACAAUGUCGAGGACACGAAUCAGAACGCUGCUAUUACGAUUCUCUCAUCAUUAUCCUGACAACUCUCGAACGAUGCUUAUCAAACCAAUCGAAAGAUACUGCACGAUUUGAUGAAGCUAUGAACGUUAAGCUGCUCCUUCGCGAAAUAUGUCAAUUUAUUGACGUUCAGAGCGAAAAUAACGCCAAUGCUAAUGCACUAAAAGCGUUAGCCUCAAAAGUUCUCUUUGCACUUUCACAAAACCAUUUUGCGGCCGUUUUCAAUAGAAUUUCAGCUCGAUUACAAGAGCUCUCGGCAUGCUCUGAAGAAAAUCCUGAUUAUAGCGAUAUUGAGUUGAUACAACAUAUUGAUCUGGAUGUGGUCAGAUUGACAAAGCUUCUGCAAGAAACUACGCAAAAAAUCCGUCUUUUGAAAAAAUCUGCACAUUUAAUUUUACUCAAUUCACUCGAAAAAGCCCUCUGGAAUUGGAUUGAAUAUCACCCUCAGGAAUUUGCUGACGUACAACGAACACCGAAUGAAGAAUUAUCCAAGUGCUGUGAAACAUUAUUUGAUAUUUUAGAUUCAUACGCGGAAAAUAAGAAAAGUAGAUCGGCUAUUUGGCCCCUUCAGAUUUUAUUAUUGGUUUUGAGUCCUAAAGUCCUAGAAGAAAUUAUUAAUGCUGAUUCGGGCGCACCAUGCAGUCCUCGUCAUAUGAAAAAGAAACAUUUUAUGGAAGGUAUAAAGCGAGGUUUGGGUCCUCAUGCUUCAUCGAAACAGUUGACUGAAUCCGCGGCUAUAGCAUGUGUCAAGCUUUGCAAAGCCUCAACAUACAUUAAUAUUGCAGAUUCGAAUAACGUUACGUUCAAGCUGGUUCAAAGUGUGAUCAAUGACUUGAAGGCUUUGCUCUUCAAUCCUGCAAAACCGUUUUCACGUGGCCAAGGUUACAAUUUUCAAGAUAUCGAUCUAAUGAUCGACUGUUGGGUAUCUUGCUUCCGUAUUAAUCCGCACAAUAUUGAGGCAUUAAAAGUUUGUCUCAGUCUAUCCUCACCACCAGCCUAUCAUUUCGUUAUUGUUAGCUCGCUUUUGAGAAUUGUCAAACAACCACGAUUACCAUGGUGGCCCCAAACUGAUGUAGUGCAUUAUAGAUCCGGAGAGUUGAGGGGUCUUUUUACCGACACUUUAAAUAAGGCGACGCAAGGUUAUAUAGCACAUACUCCGUUAAGGAUGAUAACAUCGCUGACGUUGAAAUCGAAGGAUGCACAAAGUCGCCUCACGCGACCAGAUGAAGGACCUGCUCAUAAGAUGCUGUUGCUGCUGAUGGUUCGGCUCAUACAUGCCGACCCGAAACUUCUACUUAAUACCCAAGGUAAAGUGGCCCAUGAAGUCCAGAGCUCCACAUUGGAAUUGAUCAACGGUCUUGUAAGUUUGGUUCAUCAACCUACAAUGCCGGAUGUCGCACAAGAAGCUAUGGAGGCGUUGUUAGCGCUCCACUCACCCGAAAAGAUCGAAGUUUGGAAUCCAGAGGCUCCUAUUAACACUUUCUGGGAUGUCAGCUCCCAAGUGCUGUUCUCGAUUUCCCAGAAAUUAAUUCAACAUCAAAUCGCUAACUAUACAGACGUAUUGAAGUGGCUUCGAGAGAUUUUGAUUUGUCGAAAUACGUUCUUACAAAGGCACAAAGACUAUGCACAUGUUGGAAGCACAAUUGCGAUUUGUAAACAGGCACAUAUUAAAUUAGAGGUUGUGUUCUUCAUGUACUUAUGGUCCGUGGAUUUGGAUGCAGUGUUAACAUCACUUUCAUGCUUUGGACUGCUCUGCGAAGAGGCUGAAAUCAGAUGCGGUUCAGAUGAGUUGACUGUGGGAUUUAUAAUGCCCAAUUAUCAUAUUUAUCAGGAGUUGGCACAAUGUUCAACAGGUAUUAGUACCAAUUUUAAAAAUUUCAGUCUUAAAAUUAUCACAAUUUUUAUUGCAGGAAAUACUGAUACAAAAUUCAGUUUCUACGAGGAUACAAAAGGUCGUAUAGCGCUACGGAAGAACAUUAUGUCGUUGCUUCGGAAAAUCGAACAUUGCGUCAAUGGCGUUCAACCUGCGUGGGAAGAGACGUUCAGGAAUUGGGAAGCUACCAGCAAACUCUUACAAUCCUAUCCAAAGUACAAAACUGAGGACGGUCAGGCAGAAGUCUUCCACCGUGGAAUGGGAAAAAGACGUGCUAGUCACCAAAGCUCCGAACACGAUCUUGAAGAACAAAUCACCGAAUGGGCUAACAUGACUUGGUUUCUUUUAGCCCUCGGUGGUGUAUGCUUACAACGACCACGGCUACAACGACAACUUCAAAGUCAAGCAAACAAUUCAUCUCUUUCCUCUCUAGCACAAAACUCUCUCUAUUCGCUAUCAAGCUCAGCAAGUUCCGGACGAGGUUCGUGGAAUACAAGUACAACGUCUUCUUUUGUUGGUUCGACGGUUCCACAGGAAAUUCAAUAUUGUCCAGUUACACAAUUCAUCGGGCAACUGCUCCGUCUCCUAGUCUGCAGUAACGAGAAAAUUGGUGCAAGCAUCCAGAAGAAUGUAAAGGAACUAGUAGGCGAAGAAAUGUCUCCUCAACUUUAUCCGAUUCUAUUCGACCAAAUCCGCUCGAUCGUCGAGAAAUUCUUUGACCAACAAGGACAAGUUAAUGUUACCGAAAUCAACACGCAGUUCAUCGAGCACAUUAUCUAUAUAAUGAAAUCGAUUUUGGACGGUCGACAAAAUAAGGAUCAAAAUGAGCAGCCAUCUUCUUCGGAGCAUUUAGGCGUGACUAGCAUUGAAGGUAUGAUGCUUGGUAUUGUCCGAUAUGUUCGCUACUUGGAUAUGAAUAUCUACGCGAUUCGCAUUAAAACAAAGCUGUGCCAGCUUGUAGAAGUGAUGAUGAAACGUCGUGACGACCUAGCUUUUCGACAAGAAAUGAAAUUCCGCAAUAAAUUGGUUGAAUACCUGACUGACUGGGUCAUGGGAACAUCUCAUCAAAUUGCCCCACCCAGUUCGGCUGACGCUUCAAUGAUCACAAACCAAAUAUUCCGUGAUUUGGAUCAAGCGUGUAUGGAAGCGGUAGCAGCUCUUCUUCGUGGUCUUCCUUUACAGCCAGAAGAGUCCGACCGGGGAGAUUUAAUGGAUGCGAAAAGUGCUUUGUUCUUGAAAUACUUCACACUCUUCAUGAACCUCCUCAACGAUUGCAUUGAUAGCUCCGAAGCGGAGAAGGAUGUAAAUAAUCCGCCAUUGAUGCCUCCGCGACCAAGAAUGGCAGCAGGCAAACUAACUGCCUUACGGAAUGCUACCAUUCAAGCAAUGUCCAACUUACUGGGAGCUAAUAUCGAUUCGGGUCUUAUGCAUUCCAUUGAUUUGGGGUAUAAUCCUGAUUUGCAAACACGUGCAGCGUUCAUGGAAGUGCUAACACAAAUUCUGCAACAAGGAACUGAAUUUGAUACAUUAGCGGAAACCGUAUUGGCUGAUCGGUUUGAACAGCUUGUACAGUUAGUGACGAUGAUAAGUGAUAAAGGGGAGCUACCGAUUGCUAUGGCCUUAGCCAAUGUCGUGACCACAUCACAAAUGGAUGAACUAGCUCGGGUUCUGGUGACUUUAUUCGAUGCAAAACACCUUCUUUCGCCAUUACUUUGGAAUAUGUUCUAUCGUGAAGUGGAAGUUUCCGAUUGUAUGCAGACUUUAUUCCGUGGGAACUCGUUGGGCAGUAAAAUAAUGGCUUUUUGUUUCAAGAUAUAUGGUGCUAGCUAUCUACAAAAUCUGUUGGAACCUCUUAUCAGACCGUUGUUAGAUGAUCCAACUACAAGUUUUGAAGUAGAUCCGGCAAGAUUGGAACCAAACGAAGACAUCGAAAGGAACCGCCGAAACUUAAUCGCUCUCACACAAAAAGUUUUCGAUGCAAUUAUAAGUUCAGCUGAUCGUUUUCCACCACAACUUCGCUCGAUGUGCCACUGCCUCUACCAGGUUUUAAGCAAGCGCUUCCCUAAUUUGCUUCAAAACAACAUUGGAGCCGUUGGAACUGUGAUAUUCCUGCGGUUCAUAAACCCAGCUAUAGUUUCUCCACAAGAAUUGGGGAUUGUCGGCAAACAAGUACCCAGUUCAGCCAAACGAGGUCUCAUGCUAAUGUCAAAAAUACUUCAAAACAUCGCAAAUCACGUGGAGUUUUCCAAGGAGCAACACAUGCUUUGCUUCAAUGAUUUUCUACGAGCGCACUUUGAAGCCGGUCGACGUUUCUUCAUUCAAAUCGCCUCUGAUUGCGAAACUGUCGAUCAGACCUCACAUAGUAUGAGUUUUAUAUCAGAUGCAAAUGUUUUAGCCCUACAUCGCCUGCUAUGGACGCACCAGGAAAAAAUUGGAGACUAUUUAUCAAGUAGUCGAGAUCACAAGGCUGUGGGACGACGUCCAUUCGAUAAGAUGGCAACGCUACUGGCUUACUUAGGUCCGCCUGAGCACAAGCCAGUUGAUUCACACAUAAUGUUUUCGUCUUAUGCUCGAUGGAGUUCGAUUGAUAUGUCAUCGACGAAUUUCGAAGAGAUUAUGGUGAAACAUCAGAUGCAUGAAAAGGAGGAGUUCAAGACGUUAAAGUCGAUGAACAUAUUUUAUCAAGCAGGGACAAGUAAAGCUGGUUAUCCAGUUUUUUAUUAUAUCGCCAGGAGAUAUAAAAUUGGAGAGACGAACGGCGAUCUCCUGAUCUAUCAUGUAAUUCUAAGCCUGAAACCGUUCUGUCAUUCACCGUUCGAAGUUGUUAUCGAUUUCACGCACACUUGCUCCGAUAAUCGUUUCCGCACUGAAUUCCUUCAGAAAUGGUUUUACGUUCUUCCAGCCGUUGCUUACGAAAAUGUGCACGCUGUCUAUAUCUACAACUGUAACUCUUGGGUUCGUGAAUACACGAAGUUUCACGACCGAAUUCUUGCGCCAUUGAAGGGCAAUCGCAAACUUGUGUUUCUCGAUUCACCUAGUAAGUUAAACGAUGCUAUCGAUCCGGAACAACAAAAACUGCCUGGAGCCACAUUGUCGCUCGAUGAAGACCUUAAAGUAUUCAAUAAUGCAUUGAAAUUAAGUCAUAAGGAUACAAAAGUAGCUAUAAAAGUGGGACCAACAGCAUUGCAAAUAACAUCAGCGGAAAAGACAAAAGUCCUUGCACAUUCAGUGCUCUUAAAUGAUGUCUACUAUGCGUCGGAAAUUGAAGAAGUUUGUUUAGUGGACGACAACCAGUUCACGCUCUCGAUAGCAAACGAAAGUGGACAAUUAAGUUUCAUUCAUAAUGAUUGUGAUAAUAUUGUUCAAGCCAUCAUUCAUAUUCGGAAUAGAUGGGAGUUGAGUCAACCUGACUCUGUAACAGUUCAUCAGAAAAUAAGACCAAAAGAUGUUCCCGGGACUCUUUUAAAUAUGGCUUUACUCAAUUUGGGUUCUUCGGAUCCGAAUCUCAGGACAGCUGCUUAUAACUUGCUGUGUGCGCUGACAGGCACUUUUGAUUUGAAAAUAGAAGGGCAGUUGUUGGAAACUCAGGGCUUAUGUAUCCCGUCAAAUAACACCAUUUUCAUCAAAUCUGUGAGUGAGAAACUUGCAACGAACGAGCCACACUUAACACUAGAAUUCCUCGAAGAAUGUAUCCAAGGAUUCCAACGAAGCACGAUCGAAUUGAAACAUUUAUGUCUCGAGUACAUGACACCGUGGCUCAAAAACCUUGUGAAAUUCUGUAAAUCCAACGACGAUGCGAAAAAGUUGAAAGUCUCACAAAUCCUGGAGAAACUGAUUAAUCUUACCAUCGAACAGAAGGAAAUGUAUCCUUCCAUCCAGGCGAAAAUCUGGGGAUCUCUGGGACAAAUUCCGGAGCUGAUUGAUAUGGUUUUAGAUAAUUUCAUGCAUAAAUCGCUAACCUAUGGUCUGGGAUCACCACAAGUUGAAAUCAUGGCUGAUACGGCUGUGGCAUUAGCGUCGGCCAAUGUUCAACUUGUAUCGAAGAAGGUCAUAACACGAUUGUGUCGUGUUAUGGAUAAGACUUGUACAAAUCCAACGCAGUUUCUAGAGCAGCAUAUGAUGUGGGAUGAUAUCGCGAUUUUGGCUCGUUAUCUUCUCAUGUUGUCUUUCAAUAAUUGCUUAGACGUUGCACGACAUUUACCCCAUUUGUUCCACACUGUUACGUUUUUAGUUUGCACUGGGUCACUAUCUAUGCGAGCUUCAACUCACGGCUUAGUCAUCAAUAUAAUUCAUUCAUUAUGUACCUGUACGAAACCGUCCUUUUCAGAGGAGGCACAACGAGUAUUACGUCUAUCGCUUGACGAGUUCUCUCUUCCGAAAUUUUAUUUGCUCUUCGGAAUUAGUAAAGUAAAAUCAGCUGCAGUAACAGCUUUCCGAUCAAGCUGCCGCCACCCCCCGGAUAAGUGGCUGGGAAAUGAGCGAGUAUCACAGCCUCUACCAUCCGAUCGUGAACGAUUAUCACUGCCUUCGUUGGAAGUAAUCACAGAUGCUCUGCUGGAAAUUAUGGAGGCUUGUAUGCGAGAUUAUCCCGAUUGCAAGUGGCUUCAAACGUGGACGUCGCUGGCACGAAGUUUUGCGUUUUGUUAUAAUCCGGCAUUGCAACCGAGGGCAUUGAUUGUUUAUGGAUGUAUUAGUAAAAGUGUAACUGAUCAAGAUGUUAAGCAGUUACUUAGGAUCCUAGUCAAAGCUCUUGAGUCCUUUAAUGAUAUUAUUUUAAUAGAAGCUUUAGUAAUGUGUUUAACUAGGAUACAACCGCUAUUGCGACCUGAAUCACCUAUUCACAAAGCUCUCUUCUGGGUGGCAAUUUCUGUCCUACAAUUGGAUGAGAUAUCUCUCUAUGCGGCAGGACUAGCUCUCCUCGAGCAGAAUCUUCAUACUUUAAAUUCACAGGGAACAUUCGAUAAAAACAAUUUGGCCGAUGUUAUGAUGGCCACUAGAGAACCAUUGGAAUGGCAUUUCAAACAACUGGAUCAUGCUGUUGGACUUUCCUUCAAAAGCAACUAUCACUUCGCUUUAGUUGGACAUCUUUUGAAGGGCUAUCGUCAUCCAACCCCCACUACAGUCUCCAGGACAUCACGAGUUCUUACAAUGUUACUUGGAAUUGUUGCCAAACCGCUUGGUAGGGAUAAAUUUGAAGUAACGCCGGAUAGUGUGGCAUAUUUGACGGCUUUGGUAGCUGUAUCGGAGGAAGUCAGAUCACGAUGUCAUGUGAAACAUACGUUGCCGCGAUGGCCUGCUGAAAACUCGAAUGAAGUUAGUGAUACCACGAACCCGGCUAGUCAAAAUGUUGGAAUGCCAUUGUCACGGCGCCAAAAAUCAUGGGAUAUCCUUGAUCAAUCAGCUAUUGCUUACGCUCGUCAGCACAAAGUGCAACCACACCAGAAUGCCAGAGUUUUAUUUAAAACUCAGAGAUCUUUUUCUGUACCAACAACAAAAGAUCCAAAUAAUACGGCUGGAAUUAAUGAGCGUCAGGAACGUGGCUCUCGUUCAUCGGUAUCAAACGAAUCCAACGUCCUACUAGAUCCUGAAGUCUUGCCCGAUUUGUCGACACAAGCGUUGGUAUUAACCGUUUUAGCGACAUUAGUCAAGUAUUCAACUGUAGAAACAGAAACUAGAGUUCUCUACCAAUAUUUAGCUGAAGGAUCUGUUGUGUUCCCCAAAGUUUUCCCCGUUAUCCAUUCACUCCUCGAUCAGAAAAUCAACCACAUUCUAUCUGCUUCGAAUGAUCAGAACGUUUUGAUGGCCGUACAAAGUAUUAUUCAGAAUAUGCUUGCAAGCGAGGAUCCAUCGCAGCAGCAGUUGCAUUUCUUACAGAGUUGUGGUUUUGGAGGAUUAUGGAGAUUCGCUGGACCUUUCCCCAAGUGCAAUAUGAUGGGCGAAUCAUCCGAACUGUUCGUCAACUGUCUCGAAGCAAUGGUUGAAACAUGUUUACCAGCAGACGACUCAACCCCGGUACCACCAUCACCACGCCCAUACAAUCUAAGUUCAAGUUUGAGUAGCCUGACAUUAGGUUCACCAACAGAUAAAGCUUUCUCAUCGGAAUCACUAGAUCAUGACAACUUUGGUGGAAGUGUUAGUUCGUUACGACGUGCAUCAUGUAGUAAGGCACGCCAAGUGAAACAUCGUGUUUCGGAUAGUCCAUCACAUUAGAUCAUUUGAAAUGUUUCUAACUUAAAAAACUAACCAUUCGCACAAAACAUUUUACUAACCAUCCUUGCAUACUACCUAAAAGAAAUUAGUGAAAGUGUUUAUUUACUAAAUGUAACAAAGUAUUGUUUUGGUUUUGGAGUAAGAUCUCUUAAUUUGAUUUCAUGUGGCCAAUAUUUUGUAAGAAAGUGAACCAGAUGUAUUUGUUGCGGUGGCUUGGGAGUAUGUUACUAUAUUCAUCCUGCAUGCAUUUGUCCUUGAACACAAAGUAGAAUAUCUGGAAAAUGUGAUCCCUCCUAUUCAUCGCAUCUCAUUCUCUGUGAAAAUUCCACCCAAAUAGACCAACACUUUUGUCAUAGCCUAGUUUGCUUAACGAGUCCCCCUCCCCUCUUCGUUCGUCACAGUCUCUGUUAUGUUAAGAAGUAAAGAUCUUCUUAGUCCUGGCAAAAUCCUCUACUGUGUGAUGCCACCAAAUGUAGUAAAACUUUUCCCCAUUAGAAGUCAGGCCCGUUGCGGCCGUCGUGCAAAUACUCAAACCAUGGAUAUCGUAUUAAAAAUUCGUAAUCUCAUCAGUGAAGAUUGACACUGGGACCAUCAGCGAAUUCGAAACUCAUCCGGACUAUUAUCACCGAUCACUCUUGCGCAGAAGGCUAUUCGUUUUCGCCAGUUUUGGCUUCAACGAAGACUAUUACGUACGAUCUUUUUCUUCUUUCUUAGGAAGAGAUACGCAAAGAGAAAGCGUUUCGCCGAUAUCGGCGACAUAAAACACAAUGUCACAACAGCGCUAAUAGGUAUCGAAGAGCACAAAUUUAGAAGAGGCUUUCAACACUAGAAUGAUAUUUGUGGUUUUGGAAGGGGAAAGUUGGUAAAAAACGGCAGACUUUCGUCAUACCCCUUAAAAAGCCAUUUGAAGGCUCCCUUCUUCACGUUUACGAAAGUCCAAACCUUCCUUCUUACAGCUCAGCCUCUGAAGUAAGAGCCUUAGGAAGUGCUUAAAAUGUUUUGAACAAAAGCUGAGUACUGGUUCUGAAGAAGCGGGCCUGGUCAGCGAACUGUUUGGAACCGAGUCGUUAAAUCACAACACCUUCAAGUUCUGCUGGGAAAUCAUGCUCGUCGGUCAUCAUUUAUUUCGUGGCGCCAAGAGGCCCCCACAAAACACAAAUGUCUGAAGAUUGUCUUAAAACGCAAAAUCUUGAUUUUUGAGUGUGUUGUCGAUGAGACAUUACGUGUCUCCUCGGGCUACAUAUUUUAUCUUCAACCCCAACCGAGAGCUAGGGUGACCCAUCCGUUCGCCAGACUGAAAAGUAAAUAACCAAGUCUACUCAUUGCCACUUUUGUCACGCAUGAAACGCAUUCGCAUAGAACUGCUCUAUCUGCGCUAGGAAAAAUGCGAUACCCAGGCAGAUGGAGAUCCUUGGCUUUUCUGUUAUGGGUUUCCAGGUUCAUUCUGAUUUGCUUUUUCGCAGGUCUAGAAUCAUUUGGCGUUUGGGUUUGCAGCAUACAUAACAUAAUACUUCCGAUUAGGGUCGAUUGUAAUUAAAAGUUCCAGAACUCCAGUCUCACGGUUAUCGUCCAGUUCAUUUCUUCCCGACAAGCGCUGCGCGUCUUGGCACAGGCAUUUGUUCCGCAGAAGGCAUAGCCUACAUCGCCAUCUUACGCCAGAUACCAUCCUAUAAAUUUUCGAGGCAGCCUAUUGAACCCGGUUUUUACAAUGACUGAUCGUUCAUCCACGAUUCUCUCCUCCCAAACGAAACUAGGAAACUUCGCUAUUUCGCUGGCUUUUGUCGUGCCCAACCUUAGCUUUCUGCCUUCCAACUAGGCUGUCCAAGUACGUCGCUUGGAUAUCACGACAAGGACGUAUUAUUUUUUCGUUCGUUCGUUGGCCAUUGUACUAUCUCUGCAAAUCGUCUAUUCAAUGGUCUUUCGCCUGAGGUGUUCGCAGACUUUUACGAAUCUGAGAACAUUCUCCAGAGGCAGAUAGUGAAAGGUUUCUUCGUUGAAGAAAUCUUUACCUGGUGUCUUGGUCUGAAAGGCCAGGCAGCUGCGUAUGAAGUGCAGGGUCAUCUUCCCCUCCUCCUAACAUUGGCUGCAUAUAACCGAGAACAACACCCCAAUUUGGUCUUGUGGUAGUUUAAGGAGGGUUUUCAUAUCCCACCUCUUAAGAGUCAACAAAAAUGCCACUUUAGCGGCCUUCGCCUGCCGGCAAGAGUUUACAUUUCUCCAUUCGGGCGCGUGAACCUGACAGUUUCACCCUUCAGAUUAGAAUUUAUAGUAGAUGGUCGAAUGCCAAAAAUUGGCUUUGGCUCCAUACCCUUGGCGAGCCAGUUUGUCAGAUUCCUUAUUACUAGCGAUAUUUGAAUACCAUGGCAUCCACAUCGGAGAUGUUUCGUUCAGUCGGACAACUUUCAGCAGUAUCUGAUGACAGCUCCACACCAACUGGCUUGAUAUGUUGUUGCUAUUUAGUACUGAUAACGCUGCCCGACUGUCGGAACAAAUUCGAAUGGUGUGGGGCCGCAAUUUUUUUUGCUACUAAUGAAAUGGCA